AUGACUUUGCUGGGAUGCCCAACGCCAUUAAUCCACUCAACGCUGUCGGAGUGGAAUUGGCUUCAAAGAUGCGUCAUUCCUGUUAUACACGAGGUGACGCUAAGAUUUUUCCUUGGUGAUCUUAUCGUCGGGUCACGACUUUAUUUUUUGAAGUCGCUGAAUCCCACCGUGCAGCAGUGUGUUCGAAGAUCAUGCGUUGCAAUUGAAACAGUUGAGCAUUGCUUCUUUUCGUGCCCAGCACUGGAUGAGGUGUGGACCACAAUGUGGCGGCCUUGGAGCCAAGUGUUUAUUGCAAAAUUAGAUUGGUGGCUACUGCUGUUUCCCAAGCCGCGAGAUCUCAGAGCAAAUUGGAGACGGCAUCAGAAGGAAGUGCUGCUUUGGAGGGUGCAUACUUCCAUAGCGUUUCAUGGUAUAUGGAGACUUCGUAAUGAUAUCUACUUUCAUGAGACGGACGCUAACAAGCCAAACACACAAAGCGUGAAGGCGACAUUUGGCCGACAUUGCCAACUUAUUUUUCGGCAUUCAACAGAGCUUGGAUUUGGCAAACAUGCAGUUUGUGUUACCCUCCGGAGAUUGGGAUUCGAAGAACCCUGUGAAGAAAUUAUUCCCCCGUCACCAAGACGGAUUUGGAUUCCCCGUCAAUAA